CCAAAUCAAUAAAUUGGAGCGUGCGAGAGCGAGAGCUGCGCAAAAGAGAAAAAACGAAACCCGCAGCAAGCAACGCAUAGAGGAGGAAAAAAGUCAUGCCGCACAACAAUCAAAAUUCCGACGAUGAUCAGCUGGGACCACCCAAGGCCGAUUUCAGUGCACCGCCACCAUACGAGGCUAAUGUGGGACCACACGGCACGCUGCCGGCUCAGAUGCCAUCACUGUCGCUGACCACGCAUGUCAGCGGGCAUGAGAUGGGUGCCCAGAUGCAGCUGCAGGGCGGCGAUUUGGUGGGUCAGUUGCCGCAGGAUAUGCACGGAAAGCUGCCCACAUACGAGGAGGUGCAGAUGGAGAAGUCGCUAAAUGGAGAGCUGCCGCCUGCCUUUCUGACGCUACCCUCGAACCAACAGUUGCCGCCACCGCCGAAUCCACUGCUGCCGCCCAAUCCGCUGCGUGAUGGUGCGGCUGCAGUGCGUGCCGCCCAGCCGGCGCUGACGUUCAUCGCCAUCGAUGCCAGUGAUCCGGAGAACAGUCUCUCGACCACCGACAACUUGCUGGGCACGGACAUCAUGUUCAUUACGGCCUUCAUUGUGGCCUUUCUGUUCAACUGGAUCGGCUUCCUGAUGCUCACCUGUUUCUGUCACACAAUCGCCGCCCGGUAUGGCGCCCUCUCCGGCUUCGGCCUGUCGCUGGCCAAAUGGACUUUGAUUGUAAAGCACUCGACGGAUCUGGCCUCCCACGAGAACUCAUGGCUGUGGUGGUUGAUCUGCGCCUUUGGCUUUCUGAUUAGCAUACGCGCCCUCAUCCAGUAUGUGAGCAUCAAGCGGUCGUGGCGCCUCCUCUCGGCCUCGGCCCAGGAACGGUUGCUAUUCUUCUACUAGGUGCGGGGUCAGGCGACGUCGCCUGUCGCGGAUGCCAUGUAAAUACGUUAGAUAUACGAAGACAGACAGAGAGAGAGAGGGAGCAAGAGCAAGUAGUUUGGAAUCGGCGUCCCAGGAGAGGCAGACGUUGCGUAUGACCCCAACCAUCCUUCCGACAAGCCUAAUCCUUAUCCUAAUCCUAAUCCGAUCAGUCCUUCAGCGCAUAACACACACACAAACACACACACGAAAACCAAUAUCGAUGCGAACUUAUUCUGGGUUAGUGUUUUCUCUAGUUAAUGUGUUAAAUAGCGCAACUUAGUCCACGGAUCCCAUAGAUGUAGCAUUAAACAAAAACGUUAAGCAAGCAGUGUGGAGGCGGGUGGUGCAGGAGACACCUGCCACCUGCAAACCAAUUGAAUCUAAAUGUAAAUGUAAAUGUAUGUGAAUGUGUUAAUGGAUAAUAUCUCUCACCUGUAUUACGCGUAGCUGGUUUACACCAAACCCAAUACCCCGAUCCCAUCCCUUAGGCCAGCUAGUGGCGCCCCCGAGUCACGCCAACCCGCUCCAGCACUUGCACCAGAAACAAAGACACAAAACAAACACCAAAAACAACAACAACAACAAAAAAGCAACCAGAAGAAAUGAAAGAAAAGUAAGAGGAUAGAGGAAAAAAUAUGCCACCUAUAUUUUUUUGUUGAUCCUACUUUACGCUGUGGUACUUAAUUAAUUAACUACACAAAAGCCAGCAGUAAUACGGAAUGCUAAAAACACACAAAACAACUAUUGCUAGUAUAUAUGUAUGUACGAUUAUUGCCUAUUAUAACGUUUACAAUUAAUACGUUUAAUCCCUUUGUAUGUAAAUUAUACAGUGCAUAUGCAUUGUAAAGGGCGCAUCCUCCAUUGUCCCCACACACAGGAGAUGCGUCAGUUUUAUGCAAAUUCAAUAAAAGUCGAAUGAAGUCAUUCAAA